AUGAAGUUCACCACCAUUAUCGCUGCUGUGCUCUCUUUGGCUACCUUCGCUGUUGCGGCUCCUGUUCCUGCAACUGAUGAUGUCGCCGCUCGCCAGAACCAUGGCAUGUGUGUCACUUCCGACGGCACCACAGUCACACAGAUCGAAGGCUGCUAG